AUGUCCAGUUCCUCUUCCGGGAGCAGGAAACGGGGGACCAACGUUUCCGAAGACGUUGCUCCCGUGAAGCGGCUGCGCCGGCCUUUGCAAUUUGGGUCGUCGAGCGAGGACGAGGCGGAGGAGGAUGAGAAUGCGUUGGUGUUGGCGUGUGAAUCAGAUUACCGUGAGUGUCGGGCGAUAACGCAGCGCGUGAAGGCGGUGAUUGUGGACGGGCUAGGGGGGCCAGAGUUAGAGGGUCGUGAGGAGAUUGAGAAGUCGAUUUCGCGGGGGCGCUGUAGCUUCACCAAAAGUUUCAACCCGCCUCCUGAGAUUCUGCGAGAUGACCCGACGCUGAAGGAGUACCAGGUGGCGGCGGUGCACUGGCUGCUGGCCCUGUUUAAAAGUGGUUAUAAUGGGCUCUUGGCCGAUGACAUGGGCUUGGGUAAGACGGCGGAGUCGAUUUGUUUCCUCAAACGGCUGUACGCGGAAGGGCUGCUAGAAAAACCAGCAAUCGUUACCUGUCCGCCGACACUCCUGGACAACUGGGUCGUGGAGCUGCACAAAUGGGCCCCCAAGCUCAAGGUCCUUCGCUAUCACGGCAGCCAGACUGAGCGUAGGCAGCUCAUGCGCAAAUUCGAACUGGGAGACGAAUACGACGAGGAAGAUGGACCAGACGACAGCCGCAGCUCCGGAUCCGACAACCGCAGUUCCGGGUCAGACGUGGACGCGGAAAGCGGGCAUCCCGCCGGAUCCGGACAUCCGGCGGCAGGAUCCGCGGCUGGGUCGGCAGCUGGCUCGGAUGAGGAGAACAUGAAUGUGGAGAAGGGAGCCGGACCGGCUGAGGGAGCGAGUCAGGAGGGCGAGCUCCCAGAGGAUGCAUCUGCACGAGUGCAGGCCAGUGACGACCAGGAAGAACUGUCCAAAGACAUAGCCGGAGAAGAAGCGGCAGGUGACGAAGAAAAAGUGGCAGGCGUAGAGGGAGAAGACGGACCGGGAGACGAGCAGGCGAAAAUGGAGAGCGAAGGGUUUUAUCCGUUACCGGAAGGGGUGGGUUAUCAUAUCCUGCUGACUAGUCACCUGACGUUGUCUUCUUCCUACGACCGGCACAACUUUUUCAAGUUGCAGAAGUUUGGGUACUUGGUGGUGGACGAAGCUCACGGGUUGAAGAAUGCGAACAGCAAUCGGUACCAAUACAUAAACAAGAGCAUCAAAUCCCCGUUGCGGUUGUUGCUGACGGGUUCGCCAAUCCAGAAUCAGAUAAAUGAGUUACGUAAUUUGUUUGGGUUCCUGAGACCGUAUAAGCACACGUUCGAUAUAAGCAAGGCGCUGGCUUACCAUAAACACGUUUGGCACCAGGCCAUUUCGGCGCAAGCAACUUCGGCACAAGCCACUACCGACGGAGAGGAUGCCCGCGGUCCCCGGCGGCCGACCAGUCGAAUAAUUCUCGAAGACACGACCAGUUCCCCGACCAGCUCCGCGGGCCACCCUAGCCGGGCAGCGGACACGGGCGAAGUUACGCCUUCGGUCAGCGACGGUGUCGCAGUUCCUCCGAACAGCGCUGUUGCAGAAGGCAGCAUUGCCAAUGGCAGCACUGGUCUGUCUGGAGAAAUCAAAACUCCCGGAUCAGCUGCCGGCUCGGCUACCGGAUCAGCUGCCGGCAAGUUAGGUGAUCCGGAAAUCCUGUUUUAUCAGCAGCUGUGGGCUCCUCUGAUUCUAAGACGGUUGAAGCCGGAAGUCAUUAGCAACUUCCCAACAAAAACCAGUAUAAUUGAGCUGCUGGAUAUGCAUCCGGAUCAGACGAUGAUGUACCAGAAGGAGCUGAGGAGUUCGAAGAAUAUAUUGUCUACGAAGAAGAAGGCACAAACGGCAAUGAAAGGGUUGGUGUUCCGUCUAAGACGAAUCUGCAACCAUCCGCUGCUUGUGCAGAACUAUUUUAGUCUGCAAGACCGACUGGAAUUCGCUAGCUAUCUCCAACGGUACGUCAAGGACUACCGGAAGUAUCCUGUUGAACGAGUACUGCAACACAUUGAAGACUGGAGCGACUUCGACCUACAUAACGAAGCAGCACUCCACCUACCUGCUCUUGAUAAUUUCAGGAUACCAAAGGAAGAAUUCGGGAAGGGCUGUAAAACAAAUCGAUUGCUUGAGUUGAUUAAGGAGAAGUGCAUUGACCGAAAUGAGAAGAUGCUGGUAUUCAGUCAGUUCACGACAUACUUAGAUAUCAUUGAGGAGAUCCUGAAGUUGUAUCGGCCGGAAAUAGACUACCUGAGGUUGGAUGGGAGCACUGCUGUUAAUGAUCGAAGUGUCAUGGUCUCUUCCUUCCAAAACAAUACCUCAAGUGCCAAGCUAUUUUUGCUCUCCACGAAAGCUGGAGGGGUCGGGCUAAAUCUUACUUCCAGCAAUACCGUUGUGCUGAUGGACCAGGAUUGGAAUCCUCAUAACGACCGUCAAGCGGAAGAUCGGGUGCAUCGCUUAGGGCAAACAGGAGACGUGACUGUCUACCGACUGUGUUGCAGGCAUACCUUCGAAGAGGGAGUCCUUUCCUGCUGUAAGAAAAAGCUCGAACUCGAUGAAGCUUUCGGGGGCGUUCAGGAAGCAUUACCUCUCGAGAUCUUUGAGCAGAUUUUGCGAGAUGCCCAAACCAUAACGGAUCAAGAAACUCCACAGGAAGAGACGCCUCCCGCCGCCACAAAAAAACGCACUAUCAAGAAAUCAGCCCUCAGCGAUGCCAAAGCGUCCGAGACCGACUCCAAACAUUCCGAAGGUAACGUCAGCCAGAGUUCCAAAGCUGGCCGCUCACCAGCACAGGGUAAAAACACAAAGAGCGUCAAGAAGGCAACUAAAGCAGAACCCAAGAAACUUGGACGGAAUACCAAAAAGAAAACUCAGCUUUUAGCUCCAGCGAAACAAGAGGAUUCCCUCCUCCCUGGAGGUGAUAGCGAUUGA